AGAUUACCCAUACAAACAUUUCAAACUAAAUAAAGGAAUGCUUUUUGCCACCCAAUUAAGCCAUUCUUUUCUUUACAUAAAUAUGAAUUCUAAGGUUUCAAUUUUAAUUCCUUUCCAAAACUAGUAUAAACCCAGAAACCGAAAUCAACCCAGACAAAUACCCUUUUGAAUUCUCAACCUAACUGUUCAUAAAGAUUAUGUCUUUAAGCCCACCUAGAACAACAAUAGAUGACCAUACAAUCAGAAUCGCAAGAGCCUUUCAGCCUUACUGGUGCUACCAGUGUCAUCGAAUGGUUCGAAUUGCUGCUUCUGAUCCAUCAGAAAUCAUUUGUCCUCGAUGUUCCGGUCAGUUCCUUUGCGAAAUCGCGAUGAACAGACCUAGACUAGCUGUUGAUUUUACUGGUUUUGAUCCUUCACCCGAAGCUCGAUUACUCGAAGCUUUAUCUCUCAUGCUUGAUCCACCUGUUAGAAGGAGAUUUAAUUUUGGAGUUGAUGAUCUUGAAUCUGAAUAUCGGGGAAGGCCUUGGUUUCGGAGACGAUAUAGAUUGAAUCCUGAAGCUGAAAUACGUCCUAGAAGGCGUCGAAAUUGGAGUUUGGAUGGACUAGAUAACAUUGAAGAAGGACCUGGAAUUCAAUCUAGGCCAAGAACAUGGAUAGUUCUUAGGCCUGUUGAUCCUUUCUCUCCAACUCAACCGAAUUUGCGACCUGAAAACCCGAUUCCUCCCAGGGUUAACGCAAGAGACUACUUUUUUGGCUCAGGACUUAAUGAUUUGAUCGAAGAACUGACUCAAAAUGACAGGCCAGGACCAGCUCCAGCACCAGAAUCAGCAAUUGAAGCAAUACCAAGUGUGAAAAUUGCUGCAAGCCAUUUGAUACACGACUCGCAUUGUCCGGUUUGCAAGGAGGAGUUUAAGGUUGGAGGGGAGGCAAAGGAGUUGCAAUGCAAACACAUAUAUCAUACUGAUUGUAUUAUGCCUUGGUUAAGAUUACACAAUUCUUGUCCCGUCUGUCGACAAGAGUUGCAGGUUGUUCCUGAUGCAAGUAGUACAGCACAAAAUGAUGUUGAAUGUGAAGAUGGAGAAGAUGGUGAUAGAAGGUGUCUGAGAUGGAGGAGGCAGUUGGCUAACCUGUGGCCGUUUCGUCCGAGGUACGGAAGAAUUAGUCCUCACGGCGGAGAAGAUGUUGGCUCUUCUCAUGGAGCUUGUGAGAAUUGAAGUUUAAUCUUUCUUUAAGCUAUCAUUUGUAUGUUAAAGUCCUUGGCUAUUGAAAUAAACUGCAUCGAACUAGGUUGAUGCGUGCGCAGAGUUAAAUUAUUUCAUUUUAUAAGUUUUUAAAUAUUUUAAUUCUAUUUGGCAUUAUAGGUUUAUAUAUUAUCACAUUGAAAUGUUUCAAUAUAGUAUUAAAGAUUUUUAUUUUAUUA